AUAGUUUUUGAAUUGAGUCGUUUGUCGUUUUUGUUUAGUUUUAAUGUUGGGACCUUGCAGAGUUUGAGAACGCGGAGACGCUGCUCAUUUCGGAGGUGCACAUGCUGCUGGAGCACCGGAAGGCGCAGAACGAGUCGGCGGAGGACGAGCAGGAGUUCUCGGACGUGUUCAUGAAGACGCUGACGUACACGGAUAGGUUUAGGAAGUUCAAGAACAAGGAGACGAUCUCGGCGGUCCGGAAUUUGUUGAUGCAGAAGAAGCUGCACAAGUUCGAGCUGGCGGCGAUCGCGAAUUUGUGCCCGGAGACGACCGAGGAGGCGAAGUCGCUGAUUCCGUCGCUGGAGGGAAGGUUCGAGGAUGAGGAGCUGCAGGCGGUGUUGGACGAUAUUCAGACCAAGAGGAGCAUUCAGUACUGACGUGUGGAGUUUUGUUUUUAAUUUGUAUUUUUUUACGAUGGUUGUAGGAUGAUUCUUGGAAAUAAUAAAAAUUUGUUUCAUGA